AUGACGAGUCCAACGAGCGACGAGUUCGUGACUGAUGAUGAUUCCGAUCGAGAGGGGGGGGACGGCGUUGCCCUCGGUUCGAGACGGAACAAUCGGUUCAGACCAUUACUGAAAUUACCCGGGUUUUAUCACAAGGAGCCGAGCGUGUGGUUCGCACAAGUCGAACUUUUAUUUAAUUAUGCGAGAGUAAAUUCGGAGAGAGCUAAAGCAGGCGCGGUGUUGGCCGUGUUAGAUUUCGAAACCGUGAUGACACUUAGCGACUUAAUCACCCUCGAAACACCUCCAGCCGAUAUCUACAAACAAAUCAAAAUCAGGUUAAUUUCUAAUUUUUCCGUUUCCUCAGAAGCGCGAUUACGUCAAUUAUUAAAAGGAGAAUUAUCGGAAGAAGGAAAACCAUCGUUGAUUUUGAAUCGCAUUAGAGCUCUAAGUCAAGGUAAAUGUAGUGACGAAAUAAUUAAAACCGUGUUCGUGGAUCAUUUACCCGCAAAUUGUCGCGCAGCUCUCGCUUUAAUGGAAACAACAGAUAUUGAUAAAUUGGCCGAACUUGCUGACCGCUUCGUGGAAGCUUCGGGCCCAAACUGCACUCAGCAAGUAGCCACGGUUUCAUCAGAAAACGUUCAGGAAAAAAUGAUGAAAUUAAUCGAAGAUUUGUCCGCCAGGGUUAACGCGAUCUCAGAUUCGAAUAGAUUUCGUUCUCCUCAGCGCUCGUCUAAUUAUAAGAAUCAAUAUAGAAGUAAAUCUGCAAAUAAUAGAAAACCCAAGAAUAAUAAUUUUAAUCGAAACAUGAACGGUAAAGGUCAAAACAAUUCGAACAAUAAUGAUAAUAGGAAUAGUUCUUUAUGUUUCUACCACGCUAAAUUCGGGGAUAAGGCACUUAAGUGUGUUCCUCCUUGUAUUAGAAAUUCUGGUACCUCCUCGGGAAACUAA